ACUUUAAAUACAUAUUUUGUGCAUUCAAAUACUUUUUUGUACCUGUGAUGUUCAGAAUAUGUUAUUGACACAUAUUGAUUACAUGUGUAACAGCACCGUCUAGUGGUCACUGUUUCUUUAAGACAGCGUGAGACACACACGCAGUCAGUCUCCAGCACACGUUCUGUGGACCUGCAGUCCAGUAAUGAAGUACCAGUUGAAUGCACGUCGUUGUCUGCCUACUGAGAUCACAAACAUUACAGUACCUACUUAUUUGUGACAGUUUUUUGUUUUUGUUUGUUUUUUACAAGAGUAAAGGUUAUUCGUCAGCACUGAAGAGCCCACAUUGCACACACACAUGCUCUUAUUUUGAUAGUCUUGUUAUCUCUGUUAUCAACCACAGAGAAGUACUCUUAUCUUUCUCUUUCUCUGUCCUUGUAGCGCAGUUCAAGCGAAGACAUGGAGGCAAUAUUCAGUGUUCUCGGCUUGGAGUGGAUAGACAGCAGAAGCAUUUUGAUAUUUCUCUGUGUAUUUCUGCUGUUGGCUGACGUUUGGAAGAACAGAUUGCCGGAAAACUUCCCUCCUGGACCCUGGGCUCUACCUUUUAUUGGCAAUCUUCUUAAUCUUCAACCUUCAAGACUUCACCUGCAGUUUGCAGAGUUCGCAGAGAAAUAUGGGAAUGUUUUCAGCCUUCGUCUCUUUGGUGGAAAGUUUGUGAUUGUUAAUGGCUACAAGCUUGUGAGAGAAGCCUUGGUCCAACGAGGAGAAGACUAUGUAGAUCGACCACCCAUACCAAUGUUUGAGGAUAUGAUCGGGAAUAGAGGUAUUGUGCUAUCUAGUGGUUAUCUGUGGAAGCAGCAGAGGAGAUUUGCUCUUCAUACACUCAGAAACUUUGGUCUGGGCAAGAAGACUCUGGAUCUAUUCAUCCAGGAAGAGUGUCGAUAUCUCACGGAGGCUUUCGCAGAUCACCAAGACAAGGCUUUCAACUGUCAGAAACAUAUAAACAAAGCUGUGUCCAACAUCAUCUGCUGUUUGGUGUUUGGGCAUCGGUUUGAGUACACUGAUAAGGAGUACCAGCGUAUUCUAAAUAACUUCGAUGAGAUAGUGAUCUUGCAGGGAGGUAUGUUGGUGCAGAUUUUCAACACAAUACCCUGGCUGAUGAAGCGACUGCCUGGACCCCAUCAGAAGAUAUUCACUCUGAUGAACGAGAACAUUGACUUCGUAAAAAUCAAGAUCAAAGAACACAGAGAAACCCUCGACCCCUCAUCACCAAGAGACUACAUCGACUCCUUUCUUAUUGAAAUGGGAGACAAGGAGGACCAAGAAGCUGGUUUUGAUCUUAAGAAUUUGUAUUUUUGCGUUCUGGACCUGUUUGGUGCUGGAACUGAAACUACUUCCACUACUUUGCGCUGGGGGCUGCUGUACAUGAUCUACUACCCUGACAUACAGCAGAAAGUCCAGGCUGAGAUAGAUGCUGUGAUUGGUUCAUCCAGACAGCCCUCCGUGACUGACAGAGAAAACUUGCCCUACACUGAUGCAGUUGUCCAUGAAGUACAGAGAAAUGCCAACAUUGCUCCGCUCAAUGUGGUCCGCAUCGCGAACAAUGACACCACACUGGAUAAGUACACAAUCCCAAAGGGCUCUGUCUUAAUGGCUACACUGCACUCGGUCUUGAAUGAUGAGUCGAUAUGGGAAACUCCACACUCCUUCAACCCUCAGCACUUUCUGGACCAGGAUGGUAAAUUUAGGAAGAGAGAGGCCUUCCUUCCUUUUUCUGCAGGUAAGCGGGUGUGUCUUGGUGAACCUCUGGCCAAGAUGGAGAUAUUCCUCUUUUUCACCGCCCUCCUUCAGAGGUUUUCCUUCUCGGCACCUGCUGGAGAGCAGCCCAGUCUGGAGUUCAACCUGGGAGGCACUCGCGCUCCCAAACCUUAUCGCCUCUGUGCCACACCACGAUAAAUCACUGUGUUCCACUACAUAUAACUUGAAAUGCAUCAAGAAUAUCUGCUUUUUAUCUUUCAUUUCCUAUAAUGGCUAGACUGAAAACAUGUGUCUCAAAAACAAUUGAAUGGCUUGUCAUCAAAUGUUGUCUAGUCAAUAUUAAUUUCCAGCUAAUGCAUUUUACUUACUUCAGCCACUUCUUCACCCAAACACCUAUUAAAAUAAUAUUAAUAAUAAUGUAAAAAAAUGAUGUUCUGUAAAUAUUGUUCGUCUCAAACGUUCAACAUCUGCAGAUGCAUUUGAAAUACUUGUUUUUUGCCUCUAUAUUUGGCUUUGCAGUGCUGAUUUAACAAGUUGUCGCCCGAUUUAUUGGCAAAAAUAUCAAAACGAAUCCAACAGAAGCUGCUCUUUACUUUACUCGGCAUCGGAUCGCAAAG